UCCCUUGGAAUGGAGACUAUAACCCCCUUCCCUCAGAAUUAUUUUAACUUUGAAAUUAAGGGCCUUUUGGGCAAAGAUUUGGGAAAAGGAAUAGCAGCUCUUUCCUAGUAUGCACACCAAGGCAAACAGACAACUGCGGCAUUACCAACGCCCAGAGGCAGAGCCUCGGUCCCAGCCAUUCCCCCUCUGGUGCAGUUCCGGGCACAGCCGGCAGGGGCGCUGCUGGCUCUGGGCAGGGCGGGGGCGAUGAUUCCCCCGCGCCUGCAGGGGGCGCUGUGGCGCGGGCUCGGUCAUUUCUCUCCUGUUGUAAUGGCGGACGUGCCGGCAGAAGGGUUGGGAAAAGGGCUUGCUCCACAAACCUCCAGGGGCAGCCGAUCCCAGUGCCACAUCAGGAACCUUGGAAGUGGCAAGCUGAAGUGGCAGGAACGAGCUCAACCUGGGAUAGCAAGCAAGAGUCAGCUGUAGCAGGAGCUGCAGUGUGUCCUGGCAGGCAGGGAGUAUGGGGUUACAGUCUUGCAAAGAACCCCUGGAGCAGUAGCGGAGGCGCAGCAGGAGCUGAGCAGCAGCAGACUGGUUCCCAAACUGGGCCCAGAGAGGCUCCCUUGGAGAGGGAAGGGGCUCAGGGAUCCCAGCCUUUCCCCUGGGGCACCUCAGCAGAUGGUGAAGGAUCCUGUAUUUGCUGAGGAAGGGUGCUAAUAAGGUCUCAGUGCAACAGCCGCUCUAACAAGCAGAGCUCCGCUCAUGGUAGGAUGCAGCAGGAGACUGAACGCCGUGCUGGUUGCAAAUUCUUCCCACAGCGACCGAAGCUUCUUUCCCCUCCGAAAGCUGAGAGAGCAAGACAGGGUGUCCUUGUCCCAGGUCUUGGGACCUUUGCUGUGGUCCCUGAGCAAAUCAACAGCACAGAAGAGGUGUAUGUGGUUCGAAGACCCGUGUUCCAGCUGGACAUGGACAUGUCCUGUCUACAGGAGCUGGUCUUCCCAACAGUGAUGAUUCCUGGUGACAUCAUGAUCAUGCCACUGGAUUACUGGUGGCUGUCCCAGACCAAUUCCCUCCCGCCCGACUUGGUGAGGGGCUGUGUGGAGGAGACCAUUCUCUUGUACUCCUUCCAGCUGAGGGACAGACAUCACCCCGCAUUUGCCUUUGAGAAUAUUGGCAUCCUGUCCUGCCAGGACAAUGUCUUGUGCAUGCAAUUCCACUGCAGCUGCAUUGCAGGACUGGAGAGUCAGGACACCUGGGUGGCUCUGCUGCUCACGGUGAGCUGGAAUCUGGGGGCAUUGAAGUGCUGGAGAGUGCCCAGAGAAGGGCAGAGAGGCUGGGAAAGGGUCUGAAGCACAAGUCUCAUGAGGAGCAGCUGUGGAGGCUGAGCCCGAAGAAAAGGAGGCUUAGAGGGGACCUUUUUUGCUCUCUGCAUCUGCAUGAAAGAAGAGUGAGGCCAGGUGGGGUCAGCCUGUUCUCCCAGAUAACAGAAGACAAAUUGCACCAGGAGAGGCUUAGGUGGGAUUUUAGGGAAAAUUUCUUCAUGUAACAGGCUGCCCAGGGCAGUGGUGGACUCAUCAUCCCUGGAGGGAUUUAAGAGAUAUGUGGAUGUGGCCACUGUUGGACUUGUUGGCCUCCAAGGGUUCUUCUUAUUGGUUCUUUGAUUCCAUGAUGUUCAUGAAUGAGAUUUGGGAAGAGGAGUUAGGAGAAAUGGCUCCUAUAGGAGCAGGAGACCGGUCUGCUUUCUCCAUGGAAAUCUCCUGACAGCUCCCUGUCACUCUGCAGAGGCUAAGUACGCCAGGUUCUGGUGUCAACAAUGAAGUGACCACUGCUCAGGGUGUGCAGGCUGCACAGGCCCACAUGUUCCCCAGGUGAGUGCAUUUCCUUGUUGAUUUUCUGGUUCCUUCAUUGCCUGCAGAGUGUGGGGUCUGCCAUUUCUCAGGCCUGUGGCAUCAUUUGCUUCUGGAGUUGGCCUCACUUAUUCUCGUGGGCUCCUUCCAAUUCUGGAUAUUGUCAUUCUGUGAGUCCAGGUUCCAGCUUGUUGUGUCUGAUGCUUUUUCCACCCAACAUACAAAGGCUGCAGAGAAAUACAGUGUCAGAACAGGUAUGGAAUGGGUUCCUGCUGCUCUGUCACACAUGGAGUGAUCACAUCUGUGACCAUACAACCUUACAGACUGCUCCCAAGAGCUUCCUCCUUUCUCAGGGGAACAAGAGCAUCCUGGGAAGUUUUCCCUCCUUGCACUGCUGUACCAGAGGCCAGGCACAAGGCAGCAAGAGCCAAGGUCAAAGCCACCUGCCAGGUGAAACUCUUGUGGGAAUGGUUUGGAGGGAUCCUUGCACCCUGGGUGAAAUCCCCCUCAGACACUUGGACUGUGUAGCAACUUGGGAAGGUCCAUGGGAACAAC